AUGAACGGAUCGGACUCAAUCUGGGAACCAUCUCACCACUCAGGUAAGCCAAAAAGUUUAAUCAUCGCUGCGAAAACCUCAUCUCAAAUGUUCUCUUUUGGAUUCAAUGAAGAUCUGUUAGAUAACGAUGAAGUGGUGAUAUCAUCAUCAACUUCCAACCUUACAAGUCAACAAACAGACAUAAAUCCUCCUAAAUUAAUAUCGUUGGAUGAAAUUUUAAGUUCAUUGAAAAAUGUCAAGUUAUCAUAUAAUUGCCAGAAUAAUGUAUAUAGAAGAGAAUUAUUUGAUAUAAAGCAUCAAGUGAUGACUGAAGAUAAUGAUGAAUUGAGUAAUAUUCUUAUAACUAAUGAAAGUGAUUUAAACAAGAAUUCAUAUGAAGGAGGAUUCAAAAGUUGGGAAUGUUCAUAUGAUUUGAUAGAUCAUUUAGAUGUCGAUUAUGAGUUCUUUAAUAAGAAUCAAAGUAUUUUGGAAAUCGGGUCAGGAACUUCAUUACCAAGUUGUCAUAUAUUCCGAGAAAAACUUUCACUCAAUAAUAAACAAAGCCUUAAUUUGGUAUUAUCAGAUUUCAAUUAUGAUGUAUUAAGAUUAGUUACCGUUCCUAAUUUGAUUAUAAAUUGGUACACUACCAAAUACGAUGAAGAAAUUAUAACAUUAUCUGAUGAGUUGGUGGGAGAAUUUUUGUCCUGCUUGCAAGAACAUAAUAUAAACUUAUCAUUCAUUAGUGGAUCUUGGGGUAAAGAAUUCUUAUCAUUGUCAUCAACAGACUUCAAUUUGAUUUUGACCUCAGAAACCAUUUAUUCUUUGGAUUCUAUGCCCAUUUUAGCUGAUAUGUUAAUAACUUUAUCAUCAAACGAUCAAACUAAAUGUAUAGUUGCAGCUAAAGAUUACUAUUUUGGUGUGGGAGGAUCAGUAAUUGAAUUCAUAAAUUACUUAAAGAACAAUUCAAAAUUGAACAUUCAAAGUCAUCCUGUUUCAAGUCAAUUGAAAAGAUCUAUAAUUGAAGUUUCUCUUUCAUAG